AUGCCCGGCCCCCGCCUGCUGGCCGCGCUGUGCGGCGCGCUGCUCUGCGCCCCCGGCCUCCUGCUCCAGGGCUCCGGGUGCGCCAUGCCGCUGGGCAUGGAGUCCGGGGCCAUCGCCGACCGCCAGGUCUCCGCCUCGUCCGUGCACUUGGGGUUCAUGGCGCUGCAGCGCUGGGGGCCCGAGCUGGCCCGCCUGCACCGCUCCGGCAUCGUCAACGCCUGGACAGCCAGCAACUACGACCGGAACCCCUGGAUCCAGGUGAACCUGCUGCGGAGGAUGAAGGUGACGGGCGUGGUGACGCAGGGCGCCAGCCGCGCUGGCCGAGCCGAGUACGUGAAGAUGUUCAAGGUGGCGUACAGCCUGGACGGGAAGAAGUUCAAGUUCAUCCAGAAAGACGGGGAAGCGGGAGACCAGGUUUUUAUUGGGAACGUGGACAACAGUGGCCUGAAGGUCAACAUGUUCGACGGCCCUCUCGAGCUGCAGUACGUGAGGCUGAUGCCCGUGGACUGCCAUCGGGGCUGCACCCUGCGCUUGGAACUCCUUGGCUGCGAGGUGAAUGGAUGUGAUGAACCUCUGGGCAUGAAGGACAGAACCAUCCCCGACAAGCAGAUCACAGCCUCCAGCACCUUCAGGACCUGGGGCCUGGGCUCCUUCAGCUGGCACCCCUCCUACGCGCGGCUGGACCAGCAGGGCAAGUUCAACGCCUGGACCGCCGAGAGGAACUCGGCCUCCGAGUGGCUGCAGAUUGACUUGGGCUCUCAGAAGCAAGUGACCGGCAUCAUCACGCAGGGGGCCCGGGACUUUGGCAGCAUCCAGUACGUGGCGGCCUACAAGGUGGCCCACAGCAGCGACGGCCAGAGAUGGACCGAAUAUAAGGACCCGGGGGCCGAGGUCCCCAGGAUUUUCCCCGGCAACUGUGACAAUAACUCCCACAAGAAGAACAUGUUCGAGGUCCCCUUUGUGGCCCGUUACGUGCGCAUCCUGCCCGUGUCCUGGCACAACCGGAUCACCCUCCGGGUGGAGCUGCUGGGGUGCGCGUAG